GCACAAGAGAUAAUCUUUUUGGAUAAAGACUAAUGAUGAGUAAAUAUAUUUGUCAUAACAAAUUUUCCAAUUCAUGCAUUAAGCUGGACCAAUGGUCCAAAAGGCAAAGCCAUAAGUAGCAAUAUGAACUCAAUUGUUUACGUGUGUACUCAUUAGUCUGGUAAUUUUAACUCGUUUGAAACUAAAAACAAUCGGUAUUGUGUGCAAACUAAUGGCAUCCCCUUUUUUAAGAUGAUUAGCUAACUUUGAACAAACACCUGUCUUUCCAACCCCUGCAGACCAGCGAAUAAUAUAACAGCAGGGCCGAAAAUGGCCGGAAGCGACAGUCGAAAAGUGCAUGGCUUCUAUUGCUCCUCCCGCCUUCUUUCUGAUUAGAUAUAACCCAUUAUCUUGUUAUUGAAUUCCCUGCUACGCAGUUCACCUUUGCUAUUUUACAUCCAAGCUUUAGUCCGAUCGUGGCAUUACGUGUAGCGUUUCACUACUUCUUUUUCCUGUCCCCGCCCAAAUAUAUAUAACGGCUUCAACUUCUUCCCCGAAGUGCCGUUUAUUGCUUCCUAUGACUUGGAUUCCAUGGAACACUCAGUUGAGAGAGUUAGCAAAGCAAUGCCAAUACCUUGAAGCUCUAACUCUCUACCGCCAAAUGCUGCGUUGCGGUUCCUCCCCAAACGCCUUCUCUUUCCCUUUCGCUCUUAAAUCCUCCGCUUCCCUUCCCCUUCCUUUAUCCGGCCAACAACUCCACUGUCAGGUCAUCAAAUCCGGAUGCUCCCAGGAACCCUUUGUUCUUACUUCUCUCAUCUCUAUGUACUGCAAAUUCAGUUCCCUCGGAAACGCCCGCAAGGUGUUCGAUGAAAACCCAAUAUCCAAUCAAUUAACGGUUUGCUACAACGCUUUGAUUUCCGGUUACGCGUUAAAUUCCCGGGUUUUUGAUGUUAUUGCUUUGUUUUGUAGAAUGAGGGAAAUGGGUGUUUCGGUUAAUUCAGUUACAAUGUUGGGCUUGGUUCCGGUGUUCUCGGAACCUGGGUACAUAAGCGUAGGGAUGUGUUUUCAUUGUUGCUGUGUGAAGUUGGGGUUGAAUCUUGAUUUCUCUGUUGCUAAUUGUUUAGUUACAAUGUACGUGAAAUGCGGGGCCAUUGAGUUUGGUAGGAAUUUAUUUGAUGAGAUGCCCAAAAAGGGUUUGAUUACUUGGAACGCUAUGAUUUCAGGGUAUGCGCAGAAUGGACUUGCGGCUGAUGUUUUGGAACUCUAUAGGAAAAUGGAAACUGCGGGGGUUUGUCCAGAUGCGGUUACAUUUGUUGGGGUUUUAUCAUCUUGUGCUAAUCUUGGUGCUGUUAGUGUUGGCCACGAGGUUGAACAGCGAAUAGAGUCUAGUAGACUUGGUUUGAAUCCCUUUUUGAAUAAUGCAUUGAUUAAUAUGUAUGCUAGGUGUGGUAAUUUGGUCAAGGCUCGAGCUAUUUUUGAUGGCAUGCCUGUUAAAAGUGUGGUUUCAUGGACAGCGAUUAUAGGUGGAUAUGGAAUGCAUGGAUAUGGAGAGAUUGCAGUGGAGUUAUUUGAUGAGAUGAUUAAGAGUGGUAUUCGGCCUGAUGGUGCUGCAUUUGUGAGUGUUUUAUGUGCAUGCAGUCAUGCGGGGUUGACUGAAAAAGGCUUGGAAUGUUUUUCUGAAAUGAAGAUGAAGCAUCGGUUGCAGCCGGGUCCAGAGCAUUAUUCUUGUGUGGUGGAUCUUCUAGGUCGGGCGGGUCGGCUAAAUGAAGCUUUGGAGCUCAUUAAAUCAAUGCAGGUAAAGCCAGAUGGUGCAGUCUGGGGAGCCCUUUUGGGUGCCUGCAAAAUUCACCGAAAUGUAGAGAUGGCAGAGUUGGCGUUUGAAGGAGUAAUUGAGUUUGAGCCCACAAACAUCGGUUAUUAUGUUCUGCUAUCUAAUAUUUAUUCUGAAGCUGAGAAUUUGGAGGGAGUGUUGAAAGUUAGAGUAAUGAUGAGAGAGCGAAAGCUGAAAAAGGAUCCAGGAUUUAGCUAUGUCGAGUAUAAAGGGAGAGUGCACCUUUUCUUGGCCGGGGAUAGAAGCCAUCCUCAAAAGAAGGAGAUAUAUAGAAUGGUGGAUGAGCUGGAAGCUUUGGUGAAGAAACUUGCUGGCUGUAAAGACAAUGAAGAAAGGAGAAACAUAGAAGCUUUACUUGGUAUGGGUGUUCAUAGUGAAAAGUUGGCAAUUGUGUUUGGACUGUUGAACUCUGAGCCAGGGACAGAGAUUGUGGUGAUAAAGAACCUUAGAAUGUGUGAGGAUUGCCAUUUAUUUUUUAAGGGUGUCAGCAAGAUUGUGACUCGUCAGCUUGUUGUUAGAGAUGCAACCCGUUUCCAUCACUUCAGAGAUGGACACUGUUCAUGCAAAGACUAUUGUACAAAGAUUGAUUUCAUAUUGAAAUUAAGAAAUCUGUUGGAAGCCUGUGGAGUGCCGGUUCAGCUAGGUGGCUGCAAAUGCAAUAAUAUGUGCUCAAAUGCUGUAUGGAUACCAGAAAAUGAAACUGGGUCUAGAGAAAGGGCUGAUGAUCAACCAGCCAUUGAUUGAUCAUCCCUUAAGAAGCUAGUUUGCUCAACGGUCAGAAUGGCUGGCGUGGGAAUAUAGAUAUUGCUAACUAAUUCUGCCAUUGCUUAUUUUAAUUUACAUGUGCAUACAAUUCUGAAGAGAAAUCUGUCAAGCAAUUCUUAUUUCCGGUUGUAGCUGUUCCCUAUUUUGUACUUAUUUCCCUUCUGUACCAAUAGGUGACAACAGUUGCUUUGUAGAAUCAAUGCACCGGUUUCUUUUACUCCAAGUCUCAAAACCAGUCAAUUGUGGAUAAAACGAAUUACACCAUAUUCGAUGGAAUUCUGGUGUUAAAUUAGUUUUCUACAAUGUUUGGUCUCUGUGAACUGCAG